AUGGACGGAGUAAAACCAAGCUUCCUCAUACCUCUCCUCCUCAUCAUCGCCGCCGGUGAGCUCAUCGCUGGGCAGAAUUGCGGUUGUGCUUAUUUAGUGAGCCAGGAGUUCUUUGACGAGUUAACGAGUCUUGCUAAUCCUAAUUGUGAUCAGGGCAAUGGCUUCUACACAAGAGAUGCAUUCUUGAAUGCUUGGCAAAGUUAUCCUGGUUUUGCAGAUAGUCCCUCUAUUGAUGACUCUAAACGAGAGAUCGCUGCCUUUUUCGCUCAUGUUUCCCAUGAGACCACACGCAUGUGUUUCAAAGAUCAAGCAGAUAAAUCCAGUCCUUACUGUGACCCCAAAGCUCAAGAGUAUCCAUGUACCCCUGGGAAGAUGUAUUAUGGGCGUGGUCCUCUCCAGAUCUCGUGGAAUUAUAAUUACGGACCCGCAGGCCAAGAAAUUGGCUUCGACGGCUUGAAUUGGCCUGAAGCCGUUAGUACCGAUGCCAUCAUCUCCUUUAAAACUGCUCUUUGGUUUUGGAUGAGAAAUGUGCAUGGCAUCAUUAGUCAAGGUUUCGGGGCCACAAUUCAAGCUAUCGAUGGUGUCGUUGAGUGUGGAGGUGGGAGCCAGGACGCAGUCAAUGAUCGUGUCAAUCUCUAUCAAAAUUAUUGUGACCAGUUUAAUGUGUCCCCAGGUGAUAACCUCUAUUGCUAA